CAGUUAAAUAUAACCUAUCGCUCGUAAUAGUCUUGAUUUCCAGCACCAGCUCAGGAACUUCGAAGGCAUUGCGGGUUUAUAGCUUUUAAAAUCAGGCUUUCUAUAAUAAUUAUUUGCAAAUUGGAAUGAGCAAUUCAUAAUUAACAUACAUUGCUGGAGCGUGUACAUCAGGCCACAGUAUCGUUGUAUUGUGAAAGCGCUGGCCUUCGAUGGCCGACGUUGAUAACCAAGCCGGGCCAGGGCCAAGGUCCUGGGCGGAGGACGUCAAGACAUACCGCAUGUCACGUGGAAGCAGGAGUUUCAGCACUAUCCUGGGUGCAGAGGUUCCAGCCAGGUACUGUCGCACAAACUAUGUGCCCUUCUGCGACACGCGACACCCCCUAUUCCCCUACAACGACUUCAUUGAUGGGAAAGGUUCUGUUCGAAUAGACCCAACCAUCACGGCUGACCGGUACACUCGCCACGGCUGGGGUGACACCUCCCUGCUCAAAGAGGAAGGGGAGCCGGGGCCCGCACGAAGACGAACCAUUAGCGCCCAUGUGCAGGGGAAGGCACGGCCGCCGUCACCCCACGGCGCGGAUGGCCGUACCAAUCUGACAGGCGUCUUGCAGAUGACCGAGGCGGGCGGUGUGGACACCUGGAUAGGCAACCCCCUCGUACACCCCAGCGCGGGCAAGAGGGUCGUACGACCUCCCGCGGACCCUAAGGGUCGCCGAGACCUCUUUGACGUCAUCCACUGCCGUGCCCCGGGAGCGCCCUCGGACGACGCCUGGCUGGGGCACAAGCUGAUCGACCCCGCAAGAGGUCGUGUGGUACCCCCCGGCCCUGAGCAGUUGCGGGGACGUGCUGACCUUCGGGACAUCUUCUCAAUGAGCAUUCUCACCGACCCGAGGAGGCUGGAGCUGCUUCAGAAGGGCGCCGACCCCCUGGGGGAUGCUUGGUGUGGCAACAAGCUCAUAGACCCCGCUAAAGGACGCCGCGCGCUCCACAGCAGCCCCGCAGCAGUUCAAGUUCUACACGGCUCCACUUUCCGGCCCGAAGCUUUCGACAAAGCCGUACCGCCGCCGUACUGCGACCUGCCCCCACACGCCACCGCGGCUGCCGUCAUCUCCGGGCAGGCUCCCCCCAUCGACGAUCUGGGCCCUAUGGGCAAGAAAACCUUCCCUGAACUGCCAGCUCCCAACCGAUUUGACGGACGGCGAGAUCUGUACGCGCACAUGACGUACAAACCGUUGACGGGCGACGAGCAGGCCAAGUACCGGCGCGCAUUUGACGACACUGGUAUCCACGGUCGGCGGGUUGUGCCGGUACCCGGUUCCGACGACCCCGCGAAGGGCCCUGACAUGUUGCAAUGGAAGCCGGAAGCGCGUGUGGCCCAGUUUGUGCCUCGAGGGGGACUGGCGCAGGAGGGCCGAAUCAAGGCUAGCAAGCUGCGAGGAGCCAAGGGGCGAUGA